AUGCACGUCCCAGCAGACGCGCCGGGCGAUCCAGCGCCUCCCGCUCACCCUCCUUCGUCUCCUUCACCGCCUCAAGUCCCUCCCCGUCCAUUCUUCGCCGAAGCACUGUCGAAGCGCUCGCCCGACCCUCCACCAGUCCCUCCCAAGCCGGCUAUCCUCGGCCAGCCAGCGCCCGUCACGACCAGCGCCUUCUUCCAGCCCUCGACUUCCUCCUCCUCCCCACCGUCAUACGCUUCCGCCUCGAAACGCCGCACGAGCUCGCCUACGUCCUCUUUCAGACCUGCUGGAAGCACAAUGCAGCGUCAGCGUUCGUCGCAGGGGCAGGCGAACAGGCCGCCGCCGCCUUCCGCACCAAGCAGCGACGAGAUCGAGGAGAGCGAGGACGAACUGCUUCUCGUUGGGAAUGAGCGCGCGGCGAUCCCUCUCGGUGGAACGCAGACAGGGCGGGCGAAGAAGGUCAGCAGGACGUACGGGUCUAGCUCGAAGCCGUCGGGCUCUGCGGCGCGACUGGCGACGGGGUCGAGUACUGGUUGGGCUGACGACGAGUGGGCGGGCACUCCCGCCCAACCUGCGACGUCUAUGCAUGCGACUAGCUCGUCGCGGUCUACGGCCCACUAUGGAGGCGGAGCGGACCCAUCCUGGCAGGAAGGCGCGCGCUUCGAGGACGCUGUCAACGCAAAGUACGACGCCCAGCACUUUGAGCAUGCCCCAGGUCCUUCGACGCCUACAGCUCCCAUCAAGGCGAUCACCUGGCGCGAGUCGGCGCCGCCGCCGCCUGCCUCUGACGCCGCCAACCCCCUCGACGGCUGGUGGACGACGCCGAGGGUGCUUGCGAAGCCGGGCGAGAAAGGCGGGAAGGAGGGGAUCUGGUCGCAGACGGUUUGGGACUUUACGAUCGACGACACGCCAACCGCUUCUGGGGAUUACAAGGCGAUGGGAGAAUGGGUCGACUUGUCUGGUUCGGCGGCGAGGAGCGAGGCAGACUCGCAGGGGAUGGAGGUUGAGCAGACGGAGCAGCAGAAGCCGCUACCUCCUGUCGAGGCGAAAGACUCAUCCGCCGCCGCCUCGACUUCCUCCCCUCCGCCCAUCCCGCCGAAAGCGCGGCGAGGCUUUCGCACCAUCACCCGCGAAGAACUCGACGCGGUUCGACCCCAUCCCUCCCUCUUUUUCUGCCGUUCGACUUUCUCCUGGGCUCUUCUCGCUCAGGUCCAGCCCGCCCAGAAGCCAAGCGACUCUCCGGAACUCUGGCAGCAGAGCAACCGAUCCGUCGACCCGCAAGAGGCCCUCACAACCCGCCUGUCGCCUCCGCCCUUCCCGCUCGAACCGCCUAUCCCUCUUGCCGACGCGUCCUCCCUCGUUUCAUCCGCGGACGACGUCCAUCGCGAACCUCGCACCCUUUCGAAUCUCUCCUCGCCCAUUUUCGAGCUCACCUCGACGCAGCAGCGCGUCUGCCUGCGUUCAGGGUCAACGGACUUCUUCCCCGGCGUCGUGCGGCCAGAGCUUUGGCAGCGCUUGCUUGAGGCUCGGGAAGCAAAUCCAGCCGCCGGCGAUACUGCCCUCCAGUCCAAGUUCAAGACCGUGCAGACGCUUUGGAGGAUCGUUGACGACUGCUUGUUCAAGGGCGAGACGCGCGGCCUACCUGUCAAAGGCAAGACUAUGGGCAAGCAUCUCCCGAUAGGCGACGAGAUCAUUCACGACAUUAUGAUCGCCACGCUGGGCUGCAAGGUCUACACGGCCAAGGUCCAGGAGAAGGACAAGCUUGUCGAGAAGACGUUUAUCCAGCUGCCGUCUAUCGACGAGUCGACCGACGAAGGCCGGCAGCAUCGCAAACGCCUGCUGCGCUUGUGGCUCGAGACGGGCAUCUGGCUCGAAGAUCACUACAAGCGAUAUCCCGACCAUUUGGAGCGUAAGCCGACGAGGAUCAGGCUCAAAGAGAACACGAAGGAGGUUCUGGCUGGCAUACUUGGCGGUGACAAGCUUGCUCGCAUCCCGUCGCAGGAAUCAUGGCUCACAGCCGGUCCAUCAAACCGCCUCGACUCUUCCGGUCUCGACCCUCUCGCCAACGACUACAGUCUCCUUGGCGUCGUCCCCGACCUCGCAGACUCGGUCGUCGAGCGAGUCUACGACAUGCAGUGCGAGCUGAACUCUCUCUAUGUGCCGUUCUACCUGAACGCACUGUCACGGAUCGCACAAGGUCGCGACUCAGAGGCGUUGAACAUGAAGGUCGCGCUCGAACGUUCGCAGGACAAGCUCACGUCGGACGAGAUCAAUGCCGCCUACCAGGAGCUCCGCCUCCCGUCUCCCUUCGACAUGUACAGCACGAUCACCGACGAUGACCUCGUCUCGGCCUUCCAGACUCGCGUUACGCAGGUGACGCAUCCAGGCAGACGCAAGGCCCUGCUCGAGGCCGCCCGCAUCGUAGCUGUCUUCACGCAGUCCGAGCUGUUCAAGACCAUUCUGGCGACAACAGACUUGGGCGACGUUGAGGGAGCGGCCAAGCCGAAGAUGGACAUUGACGCGGCGUACCGGACCUUGGGCGUCGACGCGGACACUGACGACGGCUUGAUCAGCAUGACUUACGACAUCCGCCUUCACGACGCCUCGUCGGAUACGGAGAAGAAGAAGAUGGCCGAGGCGCUCCAGGUCAUCGCCGCGACGAGGAACAGCCCGAGCUUGCUCGCCCUCGCCAACGGCCAGAAAGACGAAGGCGCAGGAUGGCAGGCCGCUCCAGCCAUCGACCCCGACCGGCCCGUCGGUUUGACCAACAUCGCCAAUACCUGCUACCUCAACUCCCUCCUCCAGUACUUUUUCACCGUCCGCGAGCUGCGCGAGACGAUUCUCGCCUUCGACGACUCGCCGACACCGGUCGACGGACGACAGAUUCGUGUUGGCGGAAGGCUUGUCACGCCCGCUGAGGUCAAGCGUUCGAAGCGAUUCGUCAAGCUCCUUCAGAACCUGUACCAGCAGCUCAUCCACGCGCCUGUCUCUGCCGUCACGCCCGAGACCGAGCUCGCCUAUCUCGCUUUGGUCCCUUCGAAAGAAGAAGCCGAUGCGUCGACUUCUACGACCGACGCACCAGUCGCCGACAAAGCAGAGUUGACGGACGAGCCGGUUGCGAUGGCGACCGAGGAUGAGGUCAAGGUUGCGGCGGACGAGAGCAGCGGGCGCUCGCCCUCGUCGGUUCUCGGCAAGCGGAAAAACGGCGACGACUCGAUGGCGGAAGACACGCAGAUGCACCCUCUCUCGCCUACCCUCGCCGCUACCUCUUGCCGCACGUCGAUCUUGACUAUCAGCGACGAGGCUGGUGACGCACAGAUGGCCGAGUCGUCGCAGCAGCAGACGCCGACGCCGACGGGCGACGAUGGAGAUGGCCACCGCGUCAAGCGUGGCAAGUCGGUUGACCGGACGGUAACGGGCGAGGUCGAGCCGAUGAAGGUGGAUGCGCCGCCGUCUUUGCCGCCUCGGCCAGCACCGCCUGCGCCGCCGACAGAGGGCAAGACAGGCAAGGAGAAGGAGAAGGAGCUCGAGAGACAGUUCUCGACCUACAUGGCUUUUGGCCGUCAAAACGACGUCACCGAGUGCAUGGACAACGUCAUGUUCCAAGUGGAGGCCGCCCUUCUCGCCAACGCAGCGAACGGCCAGGUGCAGGACGCCGCUAACCUGCUCAGGCGCACCUUCUACGGCACGAUGCGCCAACAACUCGUUUUUGACGACCCCUCUUCCGUCUCCGACCCUGUCCGGACGCAAGACGAGCCCUUCUCCUGCCUUCUCCUCGACGUCCCUCCCACCUCAUCCUCCUCCGCCGCCCUCACACGCGACAUCUACGACGGCCUCGACGCCGUCUUCGCCCCCUCCCCAAUCGAGCUCGAAUCCCACCCUGCCCAGAGGCGCGUCGCACUCGUCUCCCCCCCUCCGCCGGUACUCCAGAUCCAGCUUCAAAGGGUACAGUACGACCGUGUCAAGCAGACUGCGUUCAAGAGCAAUGCGCAUCUGCGGUUCUUUGAGGAGAUCGAGGUCGGACGGUACUGUGAAGUUGAGGAGGGAGAUGGGGAGGGAGAGGAGAGGAGGAGGAGGACGGAGGAGAUGAGGAGUGAGUUGGAGAGGGUUAGGGAGAGGUUGGGCGAGCUGACGGCUGACAAGGGCGCCAACACCCCCUCAAUCCUACGCUCGACCCUCUCACACGCACAGCACCUCUCCACCCUCCCUUCCCUCACCCUUCCCACCUCACUCACAUCCCUCCUCACCCCGUCCCUCACAUCCGACUUGACCUCCGAAGCGACCGACCUCGAAUCCGAAAUUUUUGCGCUCGAGAAGCGCGUCGAAGAGUUGAGAGCGGGUAUUGAGGGCGUUUGGAGGGAGAAGGAGAGGGAGGAGACGAGGUAUCAGUUGACGGCGGUGUUCAUUCACCGGGGAACGGCGACGAGCGGUCAUUACUUCAUCUACCAGCGCGACCACCGCAACCCGCAGCGCUGGCUCAAGUACAACGAUGCCGUCGUGUCCGAGGUCGACAAGGAGGAGGUGUUCCGUGAGACGACCGGCGACACGAACCCCUACUUCUUCUCCUACGUCCGCAAGGACAGGCUCGACGCCAUCGAGUCGAUCAUGCGCCUCCCUGCGUGA